CAUUCAUUCGUUCUCCGACCACAGUCAGUACGAGUAGGUACACAGAGUGGCUCUUUCUUCUAGCAAGCGAGUAACGGUAGCAGUUGUACCCUCCGUGAGUGUGAAUCGAGUAGGCAGCUAGGCACAAGAAUAAAAAGCACCCACGGCCAGGCAAGAUGAAUCAACCCGUCAGUUGUUUACCCGUGACAGCCACAAAAAUGUCGAAGGCGAAGAAAGUGCUAGACGAAGCCCGGGAGACCCAAAAUCGGGAAAUCGACCUGGUCGACAAGGGCAUUUCCACCUUCGAGGAACUGCCCGGAUUGCUAAAUAUGGUUUUUGUGACCCGGAUUACGCUGAGCCAUAAUAAGCUUAAAACUGUUCCGCCGGGCAUCGCCAAUCUCAUCAAUUUGGAAAUUCUCAACUUGUCCAACAAUCAUUUAGAGGAGCUCCCGCUCUCUCUGUCGUCGAUGCCUAAGUUGCGGAUUUUGAACUGUUCCAUCAAUCGGUUGAACACGCUGCCGCGGGGAUUUGGCGCCUUCCCGGUCCUGGAGGUGCUAGACUUAUCGUACAACAAUUUGACCGAGAAGAUUUUGCCCGGAAAUUUCUUCAUGAUGGAUUCGUUACGCGCGUUGUACUUGGGAGACAAUGAUUUUGAAUUUUUGCCACCAGAGAUUAAAAAUUUGAAGAAUUUGCAAAUUCUCGGACUUCGGGACAAUGAUCUACUGGAGCUGCCGCGGGAAAUUGGUGAACUGACCCGCAUCCGCGAGCUGCACAUCCAGAACAAUCGGUUGACGGUGCUGCCGCCGGAAAUCUCCAACCUGGACCUGCUCGGUCAAAAGUCGGUGAUGAAAAUGGAGGAGAAUCCCUGGGUGACGGCAAUUGCCGAACAGUACCUGGUCGGUAUCAGUCACGUGCUCGAGUACAUCAAGACCGAAGCGUACAGAAUUUUAUACAAUCGUUACAUUUCCGCCGGAAAGUCAGGAAAUCUGCCGCCCAAAGUGGAUAAGAGCAAGAAAGCAUCUCGUGCUCGCUCGUAAAUUAAAAAGCUCUGCCAUGAUUGAUUGAGUAUUCAACGUUUUGCGACGUGUUCGUUUAAUCGUCAAAGUCUUCCCGACUAACACAGUUCUUAUGGUUAAUCGAACUAAUCUGAACUGAUUUAGGAAUGACCUAAUAUCGUGAACCAAAAUAUUAGAUAAUAUAGCGAUAGAAAUGUGCCUUGAUUCGAUAAACUAUAUUCAUAACGUGCCCUUCAAUGUUUUUAGAUGUU